AUGGAAAUUAGCUCUAUUCCCUAUUCGAUGAGAACAGUUCAGGGGGAGGAUAGGCUGCUUUGGUCGGGAGCUAAUCGGGGGGACUUUGAUCUUAAGCAUGCUUAUGCUUUAGCUAUGGGGAGUGAUUCGGAUGUAGGUUUCUUUAAUGGGAAAUGGGUUUGGAAAUUCGACACCAUUCCUCGAAUUAAAGCUUUUAUUUGGCAAUGCUUACACAAUGCUAUUGGCGUGGGAGAAUGUCUUGUUAAAAGAAAUGCAACUAUAUUUAGGAACCUGCAUGCUCAACCAUAUGUCCACAAGGAGGCUCUUUUCCGUGCUUUGGAAUUUCAGCAUUGUGGUUUAAAUGCCAAGAAGACGGGCAACAAGAGAUUGGUGCAAGUCAGGUGGGAGAGACCUCAAGCCGGGUGGGCUUGCCUGAAUACUGAUGGGGUAGCUAUAGGGAAUCCACUCUGGGCUGGGAGUGGCGAUCUUAUCAGAAACAAACACGGGGAAUGGCUGGAUGGUUUUUCUAGGAGUAUUGGAUGCUAUAACAGCUUCAUGGUAGAGCUUUGGGGGCUUAGAGAUGGUCUUAAUCUUUGUUAUGAAAUGCAGUUGAGUGCCGUGGAUGUUCAGCUUGAUGCAAAGGCCGUUGUUCAGCUUCUCUCUAAUUCUUCAAGUGCUAACAUUUGUGCAUUGCCUCUUCUUGAUGAUUGCAAACAUUUGAUAUCUCAGAUUGGCCAAGUCUAA